UAUGAACAUAGAAACAUCAAAUUCUGAUAAAGUAUAACAAGUAACAUCUGAAUACAAUCAUAGAUUCUACUCAAAUAGGAGUAAUUGUUAAAAGAAUAAAAAUACUAUGAAUAUGAAUAAAAAAUACUAACAUUUGGAUCCAGAUUCAUUAAUUAGUAAAAUAAGGAUGGAGCCAUCACUCUUUAUUUAUAAGCCAGCAAACUUCUGGUUAAGAACAAUCAAGACAAUUCAGGCUUUAAUUUAGCAACAGAAGUAAUCAAAAUAUCAGAUGAUUUGGAUUCUCAAAAUAUUGGUAAGAAUGAUCUAUUAAUUUCGAAGCUUAGAUAAUGUCAAUUUAUUCUAUUGCACAAUUCAGUAAAUUGAAAGUCCAAUUCAUAAAUAAGGUGCUCAAGAAAUAUCCAAACUAUAAAAACUAAAUUUGUUAAUAAGUAGGUGUGGAUUUAAUCAACCAUAACAAAUUCCAUUUGGCCUGGAGAUACCUAAUAUAAUUAUCUGAUGUCAAUACAGAAAUUCAAAUGUUAGUAAAAUGGAAUUAGUAAUUGUCUGAGUAAGAAAGACAGUAUAACUUAAUCCGAUAUUUGUUAAUGUAAAAUUGUUAAGCAAAUGAAUUAGUAAACUUGGACAAGGAUUAUUCAAUGAAAGUGUUAAAAUAUUGCAUGAAUUAAUUCCUACCACAGUCACUUAGGAGGCUCUAUUCAUACAUCUUUUAGUGAAAUCAAUUAGAAUUUAGAGCAGAGAAGCAUACGAUUUGGUUUUUAAUAAAUUUAAGGUUGUUGUAGAUGCAGACCCUAUAUUCUAAGAUGUAUAUACUAUGAAGAUAUCUUUAGUUAUAUUAUAAAGUAGGAGUGAAAUACUUUGGACUUAAAGAAAAGGAAUAAUCGUCGUAGGGUAUUGGUGGAUUAUUGAGUUAGUUCUUUUAAUGA